AUGUCUAGCCAGGGCACAGUGACGAUCGGACCAACGAAAACCAUCGGUCUUCUACCCGUUCCAAAAAUAACGCCAGCAAUCAAACAGGCGUCCGCUCAGAAAGAUGGGGAAGGCGAUGAGUUCAAAGAGCUCCGUAUCGUUCGGGAAGUGGCCAUUAUGCUCCUUCUUGAGCAUCCUCAUAUCGCGUCUCUGUACGAGGUGGUCCUUCAAGAUGAUCAUUAUUACAUGUUCCUCGAAUACGUGGAUGGAGGGCAGAUGUUGGAAUACAUGAUAACACAUGGGAAGUUGAAGGAGAAGCAUGCAAGGCGGUUCAUGCGGCAAAUCAUUUCCGCCAUAGAUUAUUGCCAUCAAAACUCGAUCGUUCACAGAGAUCUGAAGAUCGAAAAUAUCCUGAUAGAUAAGGAAGGAACAAUUAAGUUAAUAGAUUUCGGUCUUUCGAAUAUGUAUGCGCCCACGCAGCAACUGCAGACGUUCUGUGGAAGUCUGUACUUUGCUGCUCCAGAGCUACUGAGUGCAAAAGCGUAUACCGGUCCUGAAGUAGAUCUUUGGAGUUUGGGUGUCAUCUUGUACGUGCUGGUUUGCGGCAAAGUUCCCUUCGAUGACGUCAGUAUGCCGGUCUUGCAUGCGAAGAUUAAGGCUGGUGUAGUACAGUACCCGAGCCAUCUGUCAGAGAGCUGCAAACACCUGCUGUCACGUUUGUUGGUGACUCAACCGAGCCGAAGGGCGACAAUGGCGGAGCUUAAAAGCCAUGCGUGGGUGGUGGAAGGGUAUGACGGGCCACCAAAGAACUAUAUGCCGACGCGCGAGGAGGUCAAGCUUCCUCUGGAUAUGGAGGUUGUGCGCCGAAUCAAAGGGUUCGAUUUCGGUCCAGACGCCAACGUUGCCCAUGAGAUCGAGCAGCACAUCCGUUCCACAGCAAUGUCGAACUUCGAAUGCCGCUCGAAUCCAGCAAGGCGAUCGUGGGCUCCCGUUGAACCGAGACUCAGCGUCUAUCAUCUCGUCAAGGAAAAGAUGGAACGAGAGAGGCGGGAAGCCGCUUCACUAGCUCGUUUGGCUGCUGAUUCUCAAGCGGACAACGCAAAGAGAAUGAGCAAUCUGGCGGUCAACAGUUCCGACCCGGCAAUUAUCUCUGCAUCCUCAUCAUCAGCAUCCGUGCAGGAGUCCAACUUCACGCAUCCCAUCGCAAACCCGCGCGUCUCUGUGGCGAAGAACUUCGGCCAACCAUCGCCGUCGCUCGACUCGCCACGGCCGUCUAUUGCUGACCAACCGUACAACCCGCCCAACAAGUCUCAGGAGACAUCGUCAAACUUGAGCAAACGGCCACGGGGAUCAUCAUUUUCUCGCCUGAUGAAGAAGAUCAGCACAUCUUUCACUGGCGCACCUGCUCACCCUCAGGCGCUUCCGGCGGCGGCCGCUCCGGAUGUACUUGACGACAACAUGGUAGUACCUUCCAUCGCACCAUUACCCAACGCCUCUGCCUCGGGAAGCACCCGCCCAUCGGCGUCUGCAACACCAUCCCUGCAUUCCCGACCAUCAACCUCGAGCAUGUUCUCGAAUGCAUCGGAAUACUCCACUGUCACUACAGAUACGAACAUGACAGCGUCAGUGCCAAGUAUUCCAGAGCAAUCCACACCAGGCCGGGCUGAUGCACGUAUCGAGACCCUCCCGCUCAAGCAUCUUUUCUCCACAUCAUCUCACAUCAUGACCACCACCACGCACUCGCCAGCACACAUCCGCCACGCACUCAUCAGGGCUCUGGAGGCUUACAGCCGCCUCGAGCUGGUGUGGCUGGAAGUCAACGCUGGCUUCUCAUGCGAGUUCAGACGCCCGUCGGAAGACGGUCAAUACCAGGCCGACGAGGACACGGACGUCGAGGGUGGCGAAACCGACACCGAGAGCCGGGGCAACAGGUAUGAUAACGACGAGGACGAUGAUGAGAUGGACGCCAACCGGGUCAUGGUCCCCGCCGUGCCAGCCGUGCCAGUGAUCCCUGCGCAGGGCACUUCGAGCUCGCCAACGGUCCCAACCCCCGCACCAGCGGCGUCCGUGCAACUGCCACAAGCCCCUCGCAAAAACAAGGAGAAGGGCAAAACGUCAUGGACGCGCAAACUCCGCAAGCGAUCGUCGUCCCUGUGGUCUUUGGCAUCUCUGUCGUCCUUUGCAUCGGGCACAAGCGUGGCGUCCAACAAGUCGAAGGCGCUGCCGGAAUCGCGGUCGGCCGGAGAGUAUGAGACCGAGGCCGAUGGCGUGGUGAGGAUGGAGAUCUCGAUUGUGAAGGUACCGCUUGUUCAUGCCACUUAUGGCGUGAGAUUCGUAAGGAUACGGGGUGAUCGGGCUCAGUUCAAGGAGUACACAACCGACAUCAUCGACGCGGCGCACCUCUAG